AUGUGGAGACCUCUCUUAAUAUUGAUGCUGUUGAUGCCUCUGGCUGCUUCACAGGACCCAAGGCUAGAAUUCGUACCACUGGAUGGGUACAUUCCCGAGGGAAUCCGAUCCAUGACCACCAUUAAAUGUUUGACGUGUACCGGAAAUGCGACUUAUACCAUACGGCUGGUGAGUGUAUCACCAGUAACCAACUGCCUGAAUUGUUUCACCAUCCUGGAUGACACUCCUAAUGAUGUCGCUCCAAAUUACUGCCUGAAGUAUGUCCCCGGUGCCACUCCACUGCGGUAUGCCCAAGCAUCAAUGUACACUCUCACAGUAGAAUGUAUUGAUUCAGCUGGUAACAGGAAUUCUGGUACGGUACACGUCCGGGUUCUUCCAAACGCACCACCAGUUAUCUCCUCGCCGUCUACGGAUCAAGGUCGGAUAUCUGUGAAAGAGAACCUCAACACAACUUGUGAUACGUCAUACACAUUAAAUGCCUACGUCACAGAUAGGUUCAAUGUUAGACAGGGACCAGUGCAAGUGAAUGUCCAAGUGGAAAAUCCUAGAAUCCCUCCAACGACUAACGUUUUAAACAAGGAGGUCUACGUUGAUGAGAAAAAAACCCGAGGAACCAGGAUUUUGAAUAUUGGGAAAAUCUCUUCUUCUGCCUACAUAACGUCCGUUUCACCUAUUAGCAUGGACAAACAUUUCACCCUCGACAACGGAGUACUGUCAGUAAACAAUCCUUUAAACUACGAAGUGGAUAACCAGGCAAAUAUCAGCUUCGCGUUCUCUGAUGCUUAUUGCGAAUCAAGGUGCAUAACUUCUAAUUUAACACUGGCUUUUCGCAAAAGCUGUCAGUUCAUGCCCAGCCGUAUGGUUUCACUUAUCGUUAUGAUAUUCCCUAUGUAUAUUUUCACUAAUUUCAAUUCCGGGCGUACAGCAUAUAACCUUCGCCCCUUUCAGAUAUUUUUCAAUCCAAGGUUUACCGUAAACGAUGAAGACUUUAAGGACAGCCAUAGGUUUGAACUGGAUUCGCCACAAGGUGAUGCUGCAAAAUUCUCUAUCAACCCAUAUAGUGGAGCAAUCACUUCCAACGGCGACUUUGAUUUAGAUGCUGAAGGUCUUUCCCAGAAGGUGGUUGUAUUGCCGGUCAAAGUAACAGACUCCAAAGGAAAAGCUGUUGAUACGUCUACGGUAACGUUGACUGUUACAGAAUCGAAUGAUAACGAUCCAGAGAUUACGUCUGAGCUUCAUAGACAUUUGCCAGUUAUGGAUUGCUACGAUGCACAACGCGUGCUUACUAGUGAAGCGACCGACAAAGACUUCGGACGCAACGGAGAGGUCAUGUUUACCUACACAGCAUCUCCGAAUACUCCGUUUAUCGUCACCCCAUCCGGUAUAAUGUAUCAAACUGGACCGAUAACCGUUGGUGAUACGUUUAUCGUUACGAUUAAAGCAGUAGACAGGGGGGAACCAGCACGUACUAGCGCCGUGCCCGUAACGGUAGUUAUCAACGGAAUACCGUGUUCAACUUCAACGUUGCCUCCGACCACGCCACUGGUAGUUGAAACGCAGACUGUAGUGGAGAUUGCGACACCUGUUAUAAUUACGGAACGACCAGCAGUAGUACUCACGACUUUGUUUAUCGAAACUGAGAAAGAUUUCUUCAGCGAACCAGCUAAUAUAUUUGCAACAGUCUUGGCAUCAAUUAUUGGACUGGCUCUGUUGGCUCUGUUAGGAUACCUCUUCUGGAAGCUGUGCUGUCCGACCUGCUGUGGGCUGUGCUAUCCAAAACAGCAACAGUGUAACCCCGACCGCUUACCGGAAGGACGAGGAUUUUGA